GUCCUAAAAUGACCUCAAAUAUUAACACAUUAUUUGAUAAACCUAAACUUACUUUAACUGCUUUAGAUUCAAUAGAACAAUAUGAUUUUGAUAUUAUAGCAGAUAAAGUUUCAGAAUAACUUAAAUAUGUGUCUUAAAGAUUAAUUGAGGGUAAAUAAGAAACAGAUCUUCCUUACGAUAAAGAAAAUAUUAUUUUACCUAGAUAGCAGACAUAUAUUUAGAAAGUUAAGGAUAGUAAAUUUGCUAAAAAGAAAAAAAAGUAUAUUGUCCAUAAUUUAAAAUUAUUAGUCGAAUGGUUUGGGAUGAAAAUAAAAAGGAUUGGGCUUUGAGAAAAUUAAAAAAGAGAGAUUCUAUAAUUCCCCCUAUUAUUGAAGCUACCAAGUCUGAUGCUUAUGAAGUAUAAAACUAUAUUAAAUAUUAGGAUGUCUUUAGGAAAAAAGAAAUCGAACAUGAACUUAAGAAAUCAAAGAAACAAUUAAGAUAAGUGUAAAAAGAUAAACAAAAAUAGAAGAAACUUUAGACCAUUAAGAAAUAACUCUGAUUGUUUAUAAUAUAUCGAAACCCUCA